UUCUCUUGCAGAAUGGGCCAUCAUCGCAGCAGUGGCAAAGCCGAAUAAUCGUCUUUAACUGUUUCAUUCUCUACAGAGUCUGUUCGCGCGACGGUAAAUCGCGGGGAAGUGAGUGGCGUCCACGUGCUGCGCAACCAGAUAUGUUUUCGUCCGAGCUAGGCGCCCAAUACUUGCUGUUGUCUCUUGUGGCGAGAGAGGGUUUAUAGGACUUGCUUGACAUGGUUCUCCCUCACGAUCUUUGCUCUCACGUCCAAAAUGCAUUCCGAGCAAGGCACGCUCGUAUCUCCGUCCCUCAUACCGUUCAAAACCUCGCUAUUCUAUCCAUCCUAUUUCGGGCAGGAUUCCUUUCCUCAGUGACUCGAGGAACUCCUGAUCAACCCUCGCCUAUUGAAUUCCAUGCUGCUGCCGAGAACCAGAAACGAAUAUGGGCAGACCUCAAGUACCGCGAUGACAGGCCGGUAUUGACUGGCAUGUCACUCAUCAGCAAGCCCAGUAAACCAAUGUAUAUGUCUGCUUCUGAAAUUCGGCGGAUAUGUUCGGGACGGCGAGCACAAAAUAUCAAGCCUUUGGGCAUGGGCGAGAUUGCAGUAGUGAAGACGAAGGAUAGAGAGCACGAGUGGGUGGAAGCUAGGGAGGCAGUCCAACUUUCCUUGGAUGGCGAGGUCAUUUGCCGUGCACGGUAGUGCUGGUACGGGGCUGUCGUUGACGUAUUCAUGUAUUCUAUUCCACCGUCAUAAUUGCUGCAGAGCAUACACAAACAGUUCUUCAGAUCUUAUCUAUUCAACGCCAGCUGUCAGUCACAUCAAGAUCGACGUGCAUGAAGGACCAGGUUACACUGUGCCGGUUCAUGAAGAAAUGCGAUCAUUGACUAUUGGUACACAAACUGAAUGAUAGCUUACAACAGCAGAGGGAGACAGAAUAUUCAAAAUACAAACCAUAUCAUUACAUCCAAUCCUACGUGCGCCUCAACCAACCUGCCUACUCCGCCUGCUCUGCUUUGUGGUACCAGACCUUUCCAACGUCGAUUUUAAUCCGCGAAUGGUUUGCACAAUCUCAUCUACAUAUCGCACAUUAAUAUCGUAUCAAUUGUGGGCAGACAGGUCGAGAAAUGACUUACUGGCAAUUUUUGGACUUUCUGCCUCGAACUCGUAGCGUUUAUUGCGUUCAGACUCGCGAUGGACGACAAGCUUGAAAGUAGCGCUGUUCUUGCUUGAUUGCUGAACAGCAACAAUACUCUUGAUAUCAUACGAAACCGUCUUUCCGCUGUCGAAAACGUUCUUCGCCUUGUUACUCUGCGGCAUAAUCUAUGGCGGUAUUAG